GGGCAGUUUUUCCGGCUUAGCCACUUUGGUGUGAGAAAAAUAAGUGUGAGCAGUGUUCGUUUUCUUCAGUAGGCCGUGUGUACUUGUGGGUUUGCUACUCUCUGACGGAAAACGAAAUUCAUUUGUGUUUUGUCCUUUGGCUCGGACGGACUUGUUGCAGCACCAGUGAAGCAGAAGCCCUCUUGAUGGGACAGGAAGAUACACUGCUUUGAUAUAUAUUUUUCCUGGAAUUUCCACUUUCUUGAACUUUUUCCCCUUUCCGGUGGACCCAAAUCUCUAGUAUUCACCAAUCCGUGCUGUGAUAUGAUCUGAAGAAGAAAAGCUAAAAUUUACGUAACAAAUUGUGUGCAGUGAAAAAAGUCUGAAGAGUGUGUUUUAAAUUGUUCGUGUGUGAAAAGUUCAAACCAUGUCGUUCAGAGUGUUCGGUUUAUUGAUCCGCCAGGAGUUGGCUGGAGUUGCUAGCGGCAAGGCUUCAACGCGCAUGAUCAGCACCAGUUCGGUGCGAUCCGCCCGCAUUCUGAAGGACUCGCCCAAUGCGUACCUCAGCAAAACUCUGCUGGAACGGUACCAGAAGCUGAAGUACGACCCCAAGUACGUGCAGGCCACUUACCUGUGGAUCGACGGAACCGGCGAGAACGUGCGUCUAAAGGACCGCGUCCUGGACUAUGUUCCGCAGAAGCCAGAGGACUGCCCAAGCUGGCAGUAUGAUGGUAGCUCAACCUAUCAGGCUCUCGGCGGCAACUCGGACAUGAAGCUAGUCCCGCGUGCCCUGUACAAGGAUCCGUUCAAGCCCGGAGAUAACGACGUGAUUGUACUCUGCGACACGUACCAGCCCGAUGGAAAGCCCACCGAAUCCAACAAGCGAUACCUGAUGCAGGAAGCCUACGACAAAACCAAGUGUCUGGAACCAUGGUUCGGAAUUGAACAGGAGUACACUUUCCUCGACAUUGACGGCAGGCCUCUGGGCUGGCCCACCGCCGGUUUCCCAGGCCCGCAGGGUCCGUACUACUGCGCUACCGGUGCUCAGAAUGUCGUUGGUCGUGAUAUUGCCGAGGCGCACGCUUUGGCUUGCUUGUACGCCGGAAUCGACUUUGCCGGAACCAACGCCGAAGUCAUGCCAGCCCAGUGGGAGUACCAGGUUGGGCCCAACCUAGGCAUGAAGUGCGCCGACGACAUCUGGGUUUCGCGCUACAUUCUGUGGCGUAUCGCUGAGGAUUACGGCGUUGUCGUCACCUUCGAUCCCAAGCCAAUGCCGGGCAACUGGAACGGUGCCGGAGGACACUGCAACUUCUCCACGAAGCCGAUGCGAGCGGAUAACGGCAUUGAAGCGAUCAAGGCCGCCAUCGAGAAGCUGUCCAAGCAGCACGCCAAGCACAUCAAGGCGUACGACCCGCGCGGAGGAAAGGACAACGAACGCCGUCUGGUAGGCCGCCUGGAAACCUCCUCGAUCGACAAAUUCAGCUGGGGCGUCGCCGACCGUGGCUCCAGUGUGCGCAUUCCACGUGGCGUCGCCGACGCCAACAAGGGCUACCUCGAGGACCGACGUCCGAGCUCCAACUGUGAUCCGUACAGCGUUUGCCAUGCCAUCUUGGACACCUGCCUGGUUCAAGAGUAAACUUCUGCCCAGCUGUCAUAAAAUUACAUGCCCACUAAUUGCAAUUGUGUAUUUUGGUCGAAAGGAGAAUGAAAGUUGUAUUUUGUAGCCAAGUAACGUUUACCUAGGCAUUUGUUAUCACUGUGUCAAAAAUAUUGAGAAUAACGUCUAUAUCAAAUUGAAUCUGAGAACAAUACUAUAUUGAAAGAGAGAAAACGCAUUUUUCAUAUUACAUCAUCGUUGAGAACGAUAUUAUAUUACCAGAUGUUUUCCCAUUUUUAAAAACUCACAUUAUUUACACACAAACAAAUGACAACACAAACAACACCGAACCGAAAGGGUUAACGAACGGUACAACAAAUGAAAAACAAACAACUCAAGUUAAAACUAGCCGAUUGUACUUUACUUAUACCAUUUUGCAGUUAUUUUUGUCUUUACUGAUGGAACGGUUAUUUGCGGAAAAGCUAAAGUGAGCGGGAAAACCCCAAAGUGAAACGAUGUAUACUGAAUGAAACAAACAAAAAAGAAACGAACCAAUCCUCACACUAUUGAUUCAUACUGUUACGUUUUAAGGUACUUUGUUUUUAUUGUUUCGUGCGAUAAAAACUAAGAAUGCAUAGAUUUAUAGUAUAAUUGACUGAUUUUUUUCGUUGUGUUUUAUGUUAUUUUAAAGCAAAAUGAAGAAAAAUUAAGCAUGGUAACUGAUUGGCCAAAACUAAUGUAGCUCAUUAUAAAACAAUAAAAAAAACUCAAAAUUAUUCUGUUUAUCGCAGUUCGGUAGAAUUGAACAUGUUUAGCUCUAAAGUAAAACAAAAUAAAACAGUUUGCCAACAUGAUACAUAUUCAAAAAUAUCAAACAAUUUUAAAGCGUACGACGUAAUGUUGAAUGAACUGUUUCUAUAGGCGAUAAGCAACUCUUGAAGGAAAAAAUGAAACAAAAACACAAAUAUCAUAAGAGAGAAGAAAUGAAAAUAAAAACAACACACCUCAACAA